CAAAAUCCUUAUGGUUUUGGUGAUGACAGGGCUUCAGAUAUGACAGACCAGAGUGGACUUCUAUAUAAAUGGGAUGAUCUGGUGGAAAGUAUUCAAGCCAGUGACGGUGAGCUAGCAGCCGGGUUACAAGCUUUGCCCGCAGUAGAGAUUAAUGGAUACUGGAGAAUUUUAGAUGAGAAAUAUAUGGAUGGAGUUCUUAACAUGCUUCUGCAUAAUUCAGUCAUCAAGAACUGGUCUUUGAACAUGUUGGAUGAAGAUGAAGUUCUUCAAGUGUUGGAAGGAGAUGGAUUUCCCAAGAAAAUUGCAAUGCACUGUUUGGAGGUUCAUGGGAGUAGAGAUGAUGAAGGCUUGGUUUGGAGGAUGGAUGAGAAGAGGAUCUGUGUGCACUUUGCGAGAGGGAUAUUGAGAGGAGGAAAGAAGAUGAAGAUGGAAAGUUUCAUGGAGGAAUGGAGAUUGAAGAUUCCCGAUGGGAUGGAUGUGACUUUUGAAAUGCUGGAAGGGGAAGUGUUAACUGAGAAGAUGGGGAUAGAGACUUGGGUAUAUGCUUUUAGUGUGUCCUCAUUGUCUUCCAUUCCUGCUGAGAGGUUUUCGAUGCUUUUCCAAGAAAGAGCGAGAUGGGAAUGGAAGGAUAUGCAGCCAUAUAUAUGUUAGGGACCUAAAAGUGCCCGGGAUGUCUUUGGAGGGAUUACUUCUGAAAUACACCCGAAGAACCCAACCAACAGCGGAUGCAGAACCCAUAUUCAGCGCAAGAUAGAUAUUAUGUGUAUAUGGUUAAAUUAGAGGCUCUUAUACCAUUCCGGCACUCUCAAUUCGGGGCUUCGGGCCUUGAAUUAAAAAAGAAAAAUGAAUUCAAUGAACUUGUUAAAAUGGUUCAAAUUUCAAUUUUUAUAAUAAUGUCACCCAAUAGGUCCGUAGGUUGCUGGAUCUGAUAUUCUGAUAAUCUGAUGUAGCAACUAGAGUCUAGAGGUAAAAUAAAC